UGCUUCGGUUCCGUCGAUUAAUGAUCGACUUUCCUUUGUUUCUCUAGUUGUAUCUUAGCUCAUAACAUCUUAUACCAAUCUUUUUAAAGCAGUAAACUAUAUGAGUCAUGGACGUACAGUCAUAUAACGAUUUUUAAGUUUCCAAGGCAUAUGGUUAGUUCAUGCUAUAUUUCUUGCUGUCUUAUAUGGAACUCGACAUUCCUUUAGUUGCUCAUAUCAUAUGUAUCCUGGAGAUCAGGUUCAUGAGAUAACUACACAUGUAUUAUUGGGUGGUUGCUUGAUGGUGGUAAGUCUCAGGGUACAUAUAUGUCAUGUGACUUUCCGUUUAAUCAGAUCUCGGCUGCUUAACCUUUGACUUUGACCACCCCCUUAAACCAUGUGUGUGUGGAAGAGAGAAAGAGAGAGAGCAUAUCAAAGCUAAUUAAUACAAACGAAACCCUAAAAGCCCCUAUAAGAUGAAAAAGGUUGGUGAUUUGCAGGGGAAACAAAACAGAUUAGGAUCGUGAGAAGAGAGGAGAAUUGGUGGAAUACGGAGUCUCUCGAUUGAAUUUUUUUUUUUUUUUUUUUGGUCAGCAAACGCUUUGAAUUUUUAAAUAUAAUCACACAAAUAAAUUCUCACCAAAAUCUUCAAUUUUCAAACAAAAUUUUCAAAUUCCACCUAAACUUAAAACUUCCUAAAUUUUCUCAAACCCUGAUUCCAAUAACGUCAGAGGAUAAACAUAAAUUUUAUUCCUAUAUAAACCCUAUUAUUAAAGAAAAAACCAUAGAAACCCUAAUCUCCCUUAUUUAAAGUUUGGGCGUUUAUCCCUUGUACUCAUCGCUUGAAUUUUAUUGAAAGUGUUACCAGUGAAAAAAAGAAAGGAUAAAAAAUGGCGUUGUCUAUUCUUCGAUCUUGCAUCAAGUCAAGACUAACUAUUGGUGUGUCUCGUCAACUGAUAGUCUUGGAAUCGAAAGUAACUUGUCCGGAGCGUCACGCUCCAGGAGCUGAGUUUCUGAUGAGGGACGUUGCAUCUAAGAGAAGAGAUUUUUCUUCUCUUACUCAGCCUACGCGGACAAGAUUCAACACCCUUAACCUGCCUGUCACUGAAGCAUUCAAACUUGGAUCUAGCAUAAUUAACCUGGAGAUGGUAGACGACGAAAAAAAUCACGGUUCUAUGUUGUGUCACAUGGAUGGCACUACAGUACGGUCCAACGUUAUCGUGUCCCACGACAAAUACAAUGAUGAUAACUUCUUACAGGUUUACUACGAUGAGACUAGAUAUGGUGAAAGAUGGAGAUCUCAUGACCCAACUGAUCGCGAGAUCAUGUGUUCUCAUCUCAUUGACAGAUCGAUAAGACCAUUAUUUACUGCAGGAUUCCCCGCUAACGUUAUGGUAAAUGUAUGUGUUUUAAAAACAAACUGGAAACACGAAGCUGAUGCUGAGUUAAUGGCGAUUAUUGCAACUUCAGCUGCUCUUAUGAAACUGAAUAUCACUCAGGCUAGACCGAUAGGAGUCAUCCGUAUUGGAAGGAUUAAUGAAAAUAUCAUAAUAAAUCCCACCAUUGACGAGCAACGUAGAAGUGAUUUCAACUUGCUAUAUGUAUGUACACGUCAAAACACUAUCAUGGCUGACCUGGUAGCUAGUGAGAUCUCAGAGAGCGAUCUAGCAACUAACAUAAAGCUAGCUCAGCUAGAGGCCGUCAAAUGCAUUGACUCUCAAGUAAAGCUGAGAGAACGUUAUGAGAGUGACAAGAAAGUUAAACUGUUGACAUCGAAUUCCAAGAAUUUGCAGGAUACAAGAACUCAAUCAUCAAAUCACAGUGGACGUGAAGUUGCUCUAGGGCAGGCACACUGUGUAGAAAUUAAAUCGGACGUCAACAGAUCUGACGGGAGAGGUAGUCACCAAAUAAGACCAGUACACUGCGAAGCUGGUUAUUUACAUGCGUUGCAUGGUUCAUCACUUAUUUCAUGCGGAGAGACACAGGUACUAUGCACUGCAACAAUUGGUAAACCUGGAGAAACACAAAGCGUUGACGUGCUCCCGAGAAAACGUUUUCGUGUUGAUUAUGAUUUUCCACCAUUUUGUACAAAUCAUAUCAUGGACAUUUUUUCACGUCGAUGGCGCGAAAUUGGUGACGGAAUGUUUAUUGAGAAAGCGUUGCUUGCUGUCAUUCCCACUCAAAGAAAUUUUCCAUAUGCUAUUCACCUUAAUUCAAAGGUAUUAGCCUCAGAUGGCUCUUCAUCGACAACAAGUGUUUGUGGAGGUAGUAUAGCUUUGAUGGACGCUGGAGUUCCUAUAAAAAGUCAUGUUGCAGGUGUCUCUAUAGGUCUUGUCACUGAUGAUGAGACAUCCAACGGACAGCUAGAGAACUACCGUAUAAUAACUGAUACAUCGGGUUUAGAAAAUGACUUGGGAGAAAUGGAUUUCAAAAUUGCUGGUACACGAAAUGGUAUAACAGCAAUUCAGUUGGAUGCAAAGUCAACUCUACUCUCGUUAGAUGUCAUUGGUGAAGCUAUAAAGUAUGGACGUCAAGCGCAUCUUCAAAUUCUUGACCACAUGGAGCAAGCGAUAAAUUCCCCAAAAGAAACUUCUUAUUAUAAGGAAAGAAGGAUUGAAGAUGAUACAGGUAAUCAUUUGAAGCUUUCAAGUUCUUGAAUUGUCGCCAGAAAAUAGAUUUUCCUUUAUGUGAUAAACUAUAUGUACGGGAUGAUAAAGCUAUAACCGUCACUUUGCUUAUUCCAAACCUUUAUUCAUC